AUGGCGGCCACUAGAGUGAUGAUGAUAUCAUCUGCAGCAUCCGCUAGCCAAACGACGUCGUCUUUCUUCACAAAACGACCCUUUCUUCUUCCUCCGACGCCGAAAGUUCGCGGCUUUAACGGUCUCUGCUUCAACAAGAGAGCCUUAUUGGUGAAAUCGAAGAGACCCUUCUCUUGUAAUGCCAUUUACAAUCCUCAGGUUCAAACAAUCGAACAAGGCCAAUCCGAAACCUUAGAUUACAGAGUUUUCUUCCAAGAUGGAUCCGGAAAGAAGGUAUCUCCAUGGCAUGAUGUACCAUUGCAUUUGGGAGAUGGUGUUUUUCACUGUAUAAUUGAGAUUCCUAAAGAGUCGAGUGCAAAAAUGGAGGUUGCUACUGAUGAAGCUUUUACUCCUAUUAAGCAAGACACUAAGAAAGGGAAACUCAGAUAUUAUCCUUACAACAUAAACUGGAACUAUGGAUUGCUUCCACAGACAUGGGAAGAUCCAACUCAUGCAAACACUGAGGUUGAAGGUGCUUUUGGAGAUAAUGAUCCAGUUGAUGUUGUUGAGAUUGGUGAAAAACAAAGGAAGACUGGCGAGGUUGUAAAGGUCAAGCCUUUAGCUGCUUUGGCUAUGAUUGAUGAAGGAGAGCUAGAUUGGAAGAUUGUUGCCAUUUCUUUAGAUGAUCCUAAAGCUCAACUUGUGAAUGAUGUUGAAGAUGUCGAGAAGCAUUUCCCGGGUACUCUUACAGCUAUUAGAGCUUGGUUUAGAGACUACAAGAUUCCAGAUGGAAAACCUGCUAAUCGGUUUGCUCUUGGAGACAAACCAGUAAACAAAGAUUAUGCUUUGAAGAUCAUCCAGGAGACGAACGAAUCAUGGGCUAAACUAGUCAAGAGAUCAGUUUCUCCUGGAGAUCUUUCACUUUUCUGA